AUGAGUCCCAAGCCUGUAAAGCAAUCAACAACCGGCGGCCGCCGGGGCCGCAGCAGCAAGGCUAUAAUCUCGGUGCAAGCUAGAGGAAGGAGUUCCACUACGUGCCGCAUCUGCACAGACAAACACCCACAGAAGAGCCCCAGUCAUGCAACGUUACAUCUGACCGUGCCAGACUCGACUGAGGACUGGUACCUGUCACAGAUCAGCAGGAGGGUGAAAGGAGACACCAUGCCGAGCCAUAGAAUGGACUACCUAUUAAAGCACAUCAGUGGCAUCGGGUGA